GAACUGUGACAGCGUCACAUCAAGCUGGUUCAUUCACCAUGUCAUCUUCUAGACACUCCGACACAACUGGCCUUGGUUGGGUGGAUGGGACGGGCCUGGGACACCCACUACACAGCAACCAACACACACCCAAACUCGACUGGCCUAGGUUGGGUGGAUGGGACGGGCCUGGGAAACCUCGACACACGACUAGACACAGUAGACCGAACACCCAAACGCGACUGGCCUAGGUUGGGUGGCUGGGAUGGGCCAGGGUAGCGACACUCAACUAGACACAGUAGACCUG